AUGACCUUCCAUCAGCAACAUGCGUCCUUACCUGUCGCAGUGGGUCUGGCGUUCCUACAUAGAAAACUUCUGCGUAUACUAACACCUGAGCUACGCGGCCUUGCAUCCUCCGCCGGGUUGCAGCUUGUGGCACUGGAUCCGCACCAGCCUCUUGACCAGCAAGCAAGCCUCCUAGCGGCGGCGCCGCUACCCACCACUACAUCCUCUCAUGCCGCCAAUACCGCCUCCACAAGCACCUGCACCAGCGCCAUGCGCGGUGGAGCUGAGUGUGCACCAUUCGUCAUCGUACUUCAUAAGCUACAUGCCGACCCUGUUUGGGAGGCGCAUCUGGCGCAGUACGUCGCCCGCCACCCCCACGUGCGUGUGCUGGACCCUCCGGCCGCCAUUCACAACACAGAAGAUCGUGCCUUGAUGUUGGCAGCCAUCCCGCCCGGGGGGCUGCUGCUGCGCCUACCCGCCACCGCUACACCAACCUCACAAAGCCCAACAGGACCGUCGCCACAGAAUCCAAUCCCAUGCAUGGAUACGGAUGCAGACCGGCCUGGCCCUAGGUCUGGCUCUUGCUCUGGCUCUGGGUCACAUUUUGAGAUUGGGUUUGGCAGCGCAGCCAGGGACGGGGACGGCGUCCGUAUGGUCGAUUCGGGAUGUGGCGGCGGCGGCAGCGAUAGCAGCAGCAGCAGCAGCGGGGGGUGCGGUAACAGCCGUUGUGAAGUUGUGGUGGUACGGGCGCCCGAGCAAGUGGUGGUUCAUUCCUGUACACAGUUGCGGGCGCUGGCCGCUGGUGGCGAAGGCAGCCGAGCCGGGGACCUACAGCCGCCGCUUAUACUCAAGACCCAGCGAGCGGAUGCUGCCGGGGGCAGCGGCCACGGUCUAGCGGUGGCGCUUACGUGGGAUGAGCUGUUAGAUAAAGCUAUGGCCCUGCAGGCGGCCGCCGCCGCCGCCGCCGCCAAGACCACCACCAGGACCGCUCGGAGCCGCGGCGCCGGCGAGGGCGGCGGCUCUGGGGCCGACGAUCACGAUGAUGACGACGACAAUGCUAAUGCGGGUGAUGACGGACCUGGCGGCUGGGUGCCCCUCUUGGUGUAUGUUUUAGGCGAGCACGUGCAGGUGACACGUCGCUCCUCUCUCACCCUUAGCUGCCUCAGUGCCAUGCGAAAUGCGCCGUCUCCGGCGGGUAAGGCCCGCAGAGAACAAGAUGAUCCGCAGCCGUCGCAGCCGUCCAAACUGCAGUCACCGGCUUCGGCCAGCACAGGUGACCUGGCCGCUGCAGCUGGCACUAGCCCUGCCGAUGGGGCACCAGCGCCGCCGCUGGUGCUGCAGCAUUUGUCGGCGCAGCCGCAACCAGGUCUGCAUGCACCUGACGCCAUCGCCGAGGGCGAUGGUGUGACAGCGCAGACGACUGCGAUGGAGGGGGCGACUGGGAAGAGGGAGGUAGCCGAGAUGGACGGUCCAGGGGGCCCUGCGAUAUCGUCCGGUGGGGGCCUGGGCGACCAAGUCCUGGGCGUGGUCGCACAGGAGCUCUCACACAGGAUGGGUCUCACCAUGUUUAAUUUCGAUGUGGUGAUGCCGACAACGGAGGUGGUGGAGGGGGCGGUAGGGGUGCAUGGAGAGCAGGAGGGGGCCCGUGCGGGUAUGGGGUUGGCGAAGGCGGGUGUCGGUGGUUCCUGUGUGCUGUACGUCAUUGAUGUGAACUAUUUCCCGGGAUAUGAUAAGCUGCAGGGGUGGGAGACACACCUUGUGGCACAUCUCCGAGCUGCGGCGGAGGUUGCAAGGGCCCGACCUGGGGUCUGA